UCAAAAAAUCACACGCCACAAUUCAGAAGCGGCGAGCCGGCGACCCCGCCUUAUCCACUGGAGCAACCUGCUCCGUGCCUCCUGCGUCCAGGGAGCCGAGCCAGCACAGCAGCAGGCCAUGGCUCCGUCCACCUCCACCACGUCGCCGCUGUCCCGCCUGCUCCUCAGCCUCCCGAAGCCCGGCGCCGCUAGGCACCCCCGCCCGGCGCCGUGCCCGGACGCCGCGUGCAGCGCCAAGAGCCCCGGCGCCGGCCUCGUCCUCCGCCGGCGCGAGGCCGCGGCGGCCGUUCUGUCCGCCGCCGUGCUCUCCCGCUUCCUCCUCCUCCCCGCGGCGGCGGAGGCCGCGGACAGCGGCGGGGAGUGCCCGCUCGAGGUGGCGCCGUCCGGGCUCGCCUUCUGCGACCGCGUCGUCGGCACCGGCGCCGCCGCCCAGGAGGGCCAGCUCAUCAGGGCGCAUUACACGGGCAAGCUGGAGGACGGCACGGUGUUCGACAGCAGCUACAAGCGCGGGAAGCCGCUCACCUUCCGCGUCGGCGUCGGAGAGGUGAUUAAAGGGUGGGAUCAGGGCAUAGUAGGCGGCGAGGGGAUCCCGCCGAUGCUCGCAGGUGGUAAGCGGACGCUGAAGCUGCCGCCGGCGCUGGCCUACGGCGAGAAGGGGGCGGGGUGCAGAGGCUGGGAGCCCACCUCCUGCGUCAUCCCGCCCAACUCCACGCUCCUCUUCGACGUCGAGUACGUCGGCACAGCCUUCGGCUGAGCUAUCUCAAUUCUCAAAGCUCUGGGAGGCCUGAUUUGUAAAGUGUCGAGAGUGAUCAACCUGGCGCUCGUGGACUCGCUUGCUGAUGCCUUGGCAUCGUGAGGGUUUCAUUUCUUCUCGGUGUGGUUUGCUGUCUGUCUGAUAGUGUGUCAAGAGAGCCACAGAUAAGAUUCUGUGUAUUUUUUUUUCUUGGUGUGAUUACUGUAUAUUAGUAGAUGAUCAUGACACAACUGGUAGAAUGAAGGAGAUGAUCAAGGUGGCGUUUGAUUCCGGCUGCUUAUUUUUA